AUGAACGUUCAGACAUUUGCAAAACGGCUUGAGUGCGACAUUGACACCCAGGAGGAGCGAUACAAUGCGCUGAACUUAGCAUCGUUUACUCAUGCCGACAAGCCUACGUUCACCAAGAAGCCAAGAUUCCAGUUUCUCUCUGCCCUCUCCAAACGAGCAAAGAAAAUUGGCCCGGGGAAAGAACAAACCGAAGGGAGUCGAGGAGGAUCCGAUGUCGACAGAUGCGAAACUUUCAACAUACUCGCAGAGCCCACCUCAACAUCGUUCGCACACGUUGAUGUUCUAGGUGGGACGUAUGUUCGAUGCCUGUUCGGCGUUAAGCUGUGGAUGAUCGUCCCAGAGAAAGAUAUGAGCGAAGACGACAGGGCAAGUCACGGUCGUAAGGGUGACGAAUGGUUGCCAGAAGGGAAAGCCCGUCUGAUCCUGCUGCGAAAGGGAGACGUCCUAUUUAUGCCACCCGGACUUCGCCAAGUACACGCAGUCUUUACGCCUGAAACCUGUCUGAUGGAGGGUGGAAUGCUGUGGGAUCAGAGGAGCAUUCUCGCCACAUUGAAGUCGUUGUUGUGGGUCUACAACAAUCCGGCAGCCACGAACGAGGACUUGCCGCGCCAGCUACGAGUUAUGCUUGAAGCACUUCAAAAGUGGAUGACAGAAGAACCUGACCUCUUUCCAGACCACGUCGAGAUCCGAGAGACCAUUCAGUCGUUCGAAGAGCUGGGAUGUGGUUGCCAUGGUCAAUGCCGGGCAAGUUGCCCAUGCAAGGGAAAUUGUACUAUAUGGCGUCACACAAGGAACACGACACGGAAGUGUGUGCCUGGCUCUGGGAACUGA